CAUUUCUGUCUUGCUUGGCCUUUGAUAUCUUUCACCUUUUGUGUCACCCAAACCUCUUUGCAACCUCCUACAGCUUACCCGUCUCGAUUAUCAGGAAGCAUCCAGCCCCAUCGCUACUAGUAGCAUAUCUGCUGCAUUUUCAGCCGAUUUAAAUUACGCAAAAGGCCAGAUUAAAACGGCCACCCAGCGUCCUCCUUUUAUCUCGGCCACCUUGUGCAAAGGCGCUGGCGCAUCGUCGUUGGAGUUAUCAAUACUACACACCACAGUCGUCAUUUCAUCAUGGCUACAGCAUCAGUCUCAACACCAAUCAAAUCCCACGCCGGGCUCUUUUCGUCUCGCACCGCAGGCGGGCGGAUGCCAUUGACUCCAUCACCGUGUCAACGUUCUUCCUUGGUCAACAUCAGCUCGUCGCCAUUCACCCCCGAGACAGCCAGCAAUGACGCCCACCGGGCACCGUCCACAUCGGUUUACGGUGGCAACUUGGCCGCUCAUUUUGCCAAGUCUACCAAGAACCACCGUGACUCGCCCAAGUCAAACAUUGCCCGGGUUGCGCCAACCCCUCGCAAGGUCCUUGAACUCGGAGUGUCGGAUUUCACACUGAGGGGCACCGGUGCCCACAUGAAAACUUCUCCCAGCUCCAAGGACAAGAAACCUGUUGCCGUCAAGAAGCAGACGAGCAAGUCGAGGAUAACCUACAAUAGCGAUCGGUUCAUCCCUAACCGGUCCGCGAGCUCGGCCAUCUCCAAUUCCGGAUCUAUGAAGGCCAGAGCCCGUGAGGGCCAGCAGCGGCCGAGAAGUGGCGAGGCGUCGGCAGUCCUUGCAUCCGCCGCUGACGACGCGCUCGCCGCCCUCGAGGGGCUCAACAUCAAUGACGACGAACCACCCUCGUACUCGCGCCCCUCGCCUGGUACGGUUGCUUAUCGGGAGACGCUGGCAGAUGCUUGUGGCGUGAACCUGAACACGCGCAUCCUUGAGUUUAAGCCGGCCCCUCCCGAGGCAUCGAAGCCUAUCGAUUUGCGCCAACAGUACAACCGCCCGCUGAAGCCGGCAAAUGGCUCAUCUGCACAGUUCAGACGCCGCAUCGCCACUGCUCCGGAGCGUGUUCUGGAUGCCCCCGGUCUCAUUGACGACUACUACCUCAACCUCCUCGACUGGAGUUCGGGCAACCAGGUUGCCAUCGGACUCGAGCGCAACGUCUACGUUUGGUCGGCCGACGAAGGCACUGUGAGCUGCCUGCUAGAGACGAGCCCGGAUACGUACGUUAGCAGCGUCAAGUGGUCUGGGGACGGCGCGUACGUGGGCGUCGGCCUUGGGACCGGAGAAGUCCAGAUCUGGGACGUCGCCGAGGGCGUCAAGAUCCGCAGCAUGUACGGCCAUGACACUCGGGUCGGUGUCAUGGGCUGGAGCAAGCACAUCCUGUCCACUGGCGCCAGGAGUGGUCUCGUUUUCAAUCACGAUGUUCGUAUUGCGGAGCACAAAGUGGCCGAGCUUGUAUCGCACACCUCGGAGGUUUGCGGCCUGGAGUGGCGCUCGGAUGGCGCUCAGCUUGCCACGGGCGGCAAUGACAAUCUCGUGUCCAUCUGGGAUGCCCGGUCCCUUGCCGUCCCCAAGUUCACCAAGACCAACCACAAGGCGGCUGUCAAGGCUAUCGCCUGGUGCCCGUGGAACAUGAAUUUGCUGGCGACGGGAGGCGGCUCGUACGAUCGUCAUAUCCACUUCUGGAAUUCCACAUCCGGCGCCCGCGUCAACAGUAUCGACACCGGCUCGCAGGUCACCAGUCUCCGCUGGAGUACCCACUACCGCGAGAUUGUCAGCACUAGCGGUUUCCCUGACAACUCGCUGAGCAUUUGGAGCUACCCUACACUCGUCCGCAAUGUCGAGAUUCCGGCGCACGAGAGCAGAGUUCUCCACAGUUGCCUCAGCCCUGACGGUCAGAUGCUGGCCACAGCUGCCGCCGAUGAGAGCCUUAAGUUCUGGAAGAUCUUUGAGAAGAAGCCUGGCACUAGCUCGAGCGCCGGAAUGGGUCUGUCUUCCAAGGUUACCACGCCCAAGCACAUGACGAUCCGCUAGAUGUCAUGCUGUACGGGCAGAGUCUUCAGGAUCAGCCAAAGUCGAGGACGAUCGUUCAACCAACGGUAGGUAUACAUGAUUCCCUUCUGAGCAACACACGGUCAAGGCAUCAUCGGAUGGGGUUCCUGCAAUUUGAUGGGUUUAAGCGCGGCGUUGGGGGGUUUGGACUCUCCGGUCAUGCAUAUAAGGGCUCUCUCAUGCAGGGAUGGAUGGGCAUCGGCUUGGUCAUUAAGUUAUGAACGGACACUGGGGACAUAAAAUUGUUGGGUUAUCUGCACUGAGUUUUUUUUCUGCAUCCGUCGAAUCAGGUCAACACCGAAUUGUAAGAAUGAUUGUAAUAAUAAGGGGGGAACACUGGCGCGGGAAAUGGAAGUACGGAUUGUUAAUACACAGCAAAUGGUGGCCAG